UUCCGGAAGAUGUUUUCCCGGAAAUCAACGUUCUUAAAACUAUUGACCUUGAUCAAAAGCCAGAAACAGACAGUCUGCUGCCAUAGGGGAAGGUAUCAACACGUAUCUAAAAUAAAAGAGUGUGAUUUACAAAAUGGAACUCAUCAAAAGAACGACUCUGAAAUCUUUGACUGCUGAUCAGCCUUUGUCAGUAGUUCAGCAAUUUGGGCAAAGAUGCGCGGAAAAUAUUGAUUUGGAACAUUUAAAUCUGUUUUUAGUCUUCACUUGGAUUUCGUUAGUGUUUUACGUCUUGGACAUUGUCAUCGAACUUUAUUGGCUGAUUCAUUUCUUCAGCCGAAAUUAUUAUUGGUGUUUCGGUUGCACCUUGGCAUUUUGGAUUAUCCCUGUGGUUCUGUUGUAUUUCAGAAGUGUUUCAUUGCGCAAUGAAAGAAAAGAGACGUAUGACCCCAGAGACCUUUUAUCAAAAGAGGAAUCUGAUUUCAGAUGGGCAAUGAAGUGGGCUGGUCCUUUUUGUCCUAUUCCGAGGUAUUGGGAUAUCAUUAAAUAUGGCCUUAAUGCAAAACAAGCCAAGAAAACGGACGACGACAAGCAGAGCAAUUAUUUGGUCACAAUGAUAUGGGAAGAGGCCGAAUUAUUACAACUUCACCAGUUUGAUUACUUCAUGGAAUCUGCUGUCCAUCUUUCACUACAUUUUUACGUUACGGCGAUCAAUGGAUCUCAAUUCGGCGGUUUAACGGCCAUUUGUCUCUUUAUCUCCGUCUUGAGCUUAUCAUGGGCAAUAGUCUCUUACGAUCAGAAAAUUUGUUUACUCAAGGGAAUUAUAAAAUCUGAUGAGCAGAACCAAUCAAAUGGCAGUAUAAAUUUCGAGGCAGACGAUGCCAUUGAUUGCAUCAAAAACAUUGACUGGAGAAAGAGCACUCGUAUAUUCUUCGCUCAUUUCUCUUUAAUAGUUGGACGACUCAUCGCUUUUACUCUUUUGGGGAGUAAAGACGGUUCUUUAAUUUGGCCAUUAUCUUUAGUUUGGCCAUUUAGCCUGAAUCGCUUCGUCAACAUGUUUAAUUGGCACCGAAAAAGAAACUACAAUUUCAUGGACUCGUUGAGGUUGGCAUUUCUACACGUUUUUGCGUAUUUGUACCCCCUAGAAAAGGCGUCUGAUAAGCUGAAACAUCCUCGAUUGCAACCUGGCGAGUUCAAGAUUAACUGGAUCAGCGAGAAUUUAUUUCUCAUGUUACUGUGGAGCCAUAGCUUCUUCGAAUGUGACGAGUGGACCAAGCGCAUAAUCUCAUCUUACUACCCUUGGAGUGACUGGACAUUCUUCGUCCCUUGGAUAGGACAAAUUUUCGCGAGUGUUUUAACUUUCGUUUUGUUUUAGUUGUUUAACUGAGCGCGAAGACAUUCAUGUUCUUACGAAACCAAAUCUAGAACUCGAUUUUUUCUUUUUUCGUUAUUUGCUUUAAUAAAAAUAU